AUGCGAAAAAGGAGGAAGCAAGGAGAUAUACUGCGCAAAGAUGGGAGUGUAGGCACUAGUGGAAGGGGAGAAGACAUGGCUGAAGAUGGGCAGUGGAGGGUGGAGGGAACGGUCCUGAAAUGCAUCAGUUUUGCCUUAGUUCUCUCCCUUUCCCCCGUCGGUUCAUCCAUUUACGGAUGCGAUCGGGUGUUGAGAUCGGGGGAGAUGGGGACGGGAGAGGAGAAUGGAACCGUGGAAGGACCCUCCUUACUCAAUCCUGAUUUACAUGCUCAGCAUUGCAUCUACACUUUCGUUGCCGGCAUGAACGGUCGCGUUCAGAUCACCUUUGAAGCCUUCAACCUCAGAGGACAACCUCCCGAGUGUACGGGUGAAUACAUAGACCUUUUCGCGGAGGUGGAGGACAGUUAUGGGACGGCAUUAGCGAAGGGGAAGGGGAAAGUGAAGGGGAAGGGGGAUGGAAGAGAUUUGAUCCAUUCUCCCCUGGGGGGUAGAUAUUGUGGCGUGAUUCCACCUCGAACGAGGAUCUCUCUUUAUCGCCCAUUAGUCCUUGCCUUUUUCACGACGAAAAACGUCACUUCCCCAGACAUCUUCCGCGUCCGAUACCAAUUCAUCAACGGAUCUACGUACGAGUUGGGAGGGCGAUUGCCGGGUCGUGUGUGCAGUUUCGUACUUCGGGCAAACACACAACGCAGCGGGAAACUUCUCUCACCGACUUAUCCCGGGGCUUAUCCCAAGGGCCUCAAUUGUUCCUACCGCUUCCAAGGAGACAAGGACCAACGCAUCCGACUGGAAUUUCGCGACUUCGAUCUCUUCUACGGCGGACCCCAUUGUCCGUUUGACUACGUGCGAGUGUAUGAUGGGCUGGAGACGUCAGCACCUCUGGUGGGCACAUAUUGCGGGCAGCGACGGAAUUUGGUGAUCUAUUCCUCGACGGAGAACUUGUUGAUCACCCUCACGACGAUGGAACGGAUGGCAGACGCCCAGAAUCGGGGAUUCUCUGGCCUCUACGAGUUCUCCGAGGUUAUCGCCCGCCUGGAUUUCAUCACGCAGAGCGGGGGGGAGCACAUACGAGGGACCCAGUGCGACCAGAAGGUCCUCAGUGGCAAGGAGACGAAUGGUUCCGUUGUCUCUCCCAACUGGCCUCUUCCAUACAUGACUAACAUCAUUUGCCGGUAUUUCAUCUACGGAAUGCAGGACAGCCAGAAUUUGGAACGAGUUCGGCUAGAAUUCAAAGACUUUUGGAUGCCGGACACGGAUGGAAAGUGCUCCGAGACAUCGCUGAAGGUGUACAUGCGAGGCCAGGAGGAGACUAUGGAAUACGACAAACCGGAUCAUGUUUUGUGUGGAGAGAAACGACCUGCUGGGAUCGUGUCCGAAGGACCCAGGAUGCUUCUCAUCUUCUCAUCUGGGCAAGGCAAGGGAUUCUUCAAAGCUGCUUACCGAUUCGAGACUGAGUACCAGAUCCCAGGGACAGCAGCGCCAGACGGAUCCUGUCGCUUCACAUACCGGAGCACGAGUGCCAUGCAAGGGGAUUUUAAUUCCCCACGGCAUCCCACCAAUUACCCCCCCAACCUCCUCUGCACAUACCUCUUCUUGCCUGGGAAGGACGAACAGGUCCGUCUCAUCUUCGACAUCUUCGUCGUGGAUCCUAUCAUCACGGCUUUCGGGAAGGAAUGCAGGAACGACUGGUUGGAGGUGUGGAACGUGUAUCAGGACAACACGACACGGUUGGUGGGUCGCUGGUGUGGGAAAAGGGCACCAGGUCCCAUCCAGAGUAACGUUGGUGCUGUGGCCCUUAAGGUCAUCCUCAACACGGAUGGCGACGGUGUCUCCUCAGGUUUCAAGGCACGAUACGUCUUCGAAAAAUUGAAACCCCUCUUCAAAGAUUGUGGAGGGAAUCUGAGUAAGGUGGAGAGUGGGGUAAUCACAUCACCUGGAUGGCCGGGGCAAUACAAUGCAGUCGCCCAGACAUGUACUUGGUACAUCCAUGCCCGACCAGGACAUCGCCUUCUCCUUCACUUUACAACCUUCCAUGUUGAAGGCGAUCCCCAAAGUCGAGGAUGCCCCGGGGCGACGGUGAGGGUAUGGGAGAGUCCUUCCGCGGAUCCAGCCGAAGAUUGUGGUGAAAAUUCUACCGGCCUUCAAUUCGUCUCCGAAGCGAACACACUUCGCCUCAUGUUCAUAACAGCGGAUAAGGCUGUGGGUGCUCAAGGCUUCCAAGCAAUCUGGACCGAGAUCAAGGACGACCCACAUUGUGAUGGAUUCCAUUGCUCAAAGAACGGCUAUUGCAUCUCGGACAACCUCAGGUGUAACGGGUAUGAAAAUUGCGGCGUCGGUGACAAAACCGACGAACUCAACUGUGUUGAGAGACGAGAGGUGAACGUGUUAUUGUUGGUGGGCGUGGGUGUGGGGAUCCUGGGAGUGCUCAUGCUGGGAGUAUGCAUCUGCUGCCAUCGGAAGCGGAAGCGAAGACGAGGCCUUGGAAGAGGGCGCCGCCCCGAUACGCUGCCGAUCGCGGCCUCCGCCGUUUCCCCUCAUCGCAUGAGGAACAUCUGUGAUCAUCAUUCUUCAUCGUUGACCGGACUUCGCUAUGCUUCCCAAGCCUCCAACAUCGACCCCGUUUAAAUGUCCGGCUGUGAUGGGAGGGACCGCUCUGAUACAAACAGCCACAUCCACCAUCGGAUCUGGUGCUAGCUAGGACGGCUUGGCUCCAAACAUCCACGUCCACCGGCACAACUCUUUCUCAUGAUGGAAUCCAUUUGCAACAUUGGUUCACUGG